AUGUCGCUUACUUUGAAUAAAAGAGACGAUAUGGAGCAUGGGUUUAUAUCAUUUAGUAAGGGAGAAGAUAAGGAGGACAAGUUUGAAGAUGCCUAUGAAAUUAUCCCUGCAGCAGCAACAAUGGAUCUAGUAUCUUCCUUGGAAGAAUGCACAACGGGAUUGUAUUUAUUUCUAAAUAACAGAUUCUCUGAUGCCAUACAUCUCAUUUAUCCAUGGUCAAAAAACAGCAUAUACCAUGCUCUAAUCUAUAGCAUCCUUAUGGUUGUCAAGGCCUUCUUAACUUUUGAUCCACAGGAUAUAGAGAUUGGGAUGACUGCCACAAAGGAAGCUUUGAGAGUCUGUAACAAUUUCCGAAGAAAAUCUAGGGUGUUAAGUUUUUCUCGUCUAGUUAGCAAGCAGGGAAUAAAGGCUAUUAAAGAAGAGGAAUUGCAUGCAGAAGUCUGCUAUGCUGAGUGUUUGAUGUUGAAAUCCACUGUAACAUUUAUACAGGAUGACAGUAUGUUUAGUUUUCUUAAAAGUGGGAUCAACAUUGGGUUAAGUUACCAAAUAUACAAAGACUGUCAACAAGUAUUAACACAGAUACCUGAUUACCAAAGCAAAACCUACAGACACCUGGUUGGAGGCAUAAAAUUUGGACUUGGAAUACUCAACUUGUUAUUAUCACUUGUGCCACCAAGGACACUUAAAAUACUCAAUGUUGUUGGAUAUUCUGGCGAUAGAGAGGUAGGCUUGACUUUGCUUCAUGAGAGUGCAUCUGAAUCCCAUAUAAAUAAUAUAUUUAGUGUUUUGGUUCUAUUGUUUAAUUACACUUAUCUCUCCAUAGCUUUUGGUGUUGAAAAGAACGAUAGUUCUGCUGUGGAGAAUCUCUUCCUAAUCUACCUUCAGAAAUUUCCAAACUGUGUCAUACUUAAAUUUUUUCAUGCACGUUUUAGUAUGCUGAAAGGGUAUUUUAAACAUGCCCAGUUAACGUUAGAGGAGUGCAUUUUUAUUCAGAACGAAUGGAAGCAGGUUCAACACCUCUGUUACUGGGAACUCAUGUGGUGCCACAUUUUUCUGCUGGAAUGGAAGCAGGCUUACCACUAUGCCCAUGUGCUGGUUCAAAACAGCAGGUGGUCCAAAUCAGUAUAUUCUUUUGCCAAAGCUUCCCUACUGGCUGUGCUUCCUCCUGAUUUUGCGAAAUCAGUAAGUGAGGACAUGAACUCUCUCUUCCUAAGCGUGGAUAGCCUGAGAAUCAGAAUUUUAGGAACUUCUGUGCCGAUAGAAAAAUUUGUUGCUGAGAAGGGUCAGCGCUAUGCGACAACUGCAGGCUGGUUUACAGCACAGCCCAUCCUGGAAUUUAUGUAUGCCUGGAGUGGCUUCCGAGUCAUAAGCAAGGAACUAGAGCUUAUUUCAGCCUGGCUAUCAAUCAUUGACAAAGGAGAAGAACUUUUACAAGAAACUCCAAAUAAAGAGUAUGUCAUAGAUGACAUAAGUUUAUUAAAUUUACUGAAAGGUCUGUGUCUGAAAUACUUAGGAAAAUAUUCAAUGGCUGAGUACUACUUUAGUCAUGUCAUUCAAAUGGAGAAAUUGUUAAAAUAUGACCACUAUUUGGUGCCAUAUUCUUACUAUGAACUGGGAAUUCUAUACUAUCUAAAAGGAGAUUAUGCCAGUGCAACAAAAACCCUAGAAAACAUAAAAAAUUACAAAGACUAUUCCAUGGAAGCCAGAUUACAGUUUAGGGCUCACAUAGCCCUUGAACAAAUAGCUAAAGAAAAAGUGAUUUAA